AUGAGAUGGAUCAUGGAUGGGAUCGGCGCUGAUCUCGACAUGUUGGAAACACCACCGGUGAGCGAGGCAAGGGCUGCUAUUCGUAUGUGUUCGACUAUUCGUACAACCAUCUUCAUCUCUGCGGCUUGCCUCGGGAGCAUCGCCUCCGACACCACCUGUCUUGACCAGAGUACGCAGGGUAUUCCCGUCGCAGGGUCAGUUCGCUUCAUCGAGACGAGGCUACCUCGUGAUUUCAUGUGUGCGUAUCUCAGUCUCAGUUGCCUCCGUGCCUCUGUCCCGCUACCUAAUCAACAUUUUCUAGCAAACGUGGCAGUCAAUUCCCAAACCUCUUCGGGCCACGCGGGCGAAACCCUGUCACGAAGUACAGAGGUUCGUAGCAAAACACAAAAUGGAUUUCCAAUUUCACCGCACCAAGAUUCAUUCCUGCAGCUCAUCAGUGACCACCAGUGCCACCGUCCAUUCGUCGAAGACAGCGGUGGCUUGCCGGGAGCCCAGCACCUAGCCAAACGCGGCAUUUUCACAUUUGGCAUUAUCGUCUCUACCCGCAGCAAGGCCCAGCAAAAACAAAGCUUUACGGAUACGUACUGCAAAUGUGAGUAUAUUGCAUUUUCAUCUUCUGCCGGCUUGGAAGUUGGAUGA